AAAGUCCGACCGUAUAGAGCUCGAGUGUUCGUGAGCAGCUGAUGGCUAACGGGCAUUUUUAACCAACUCCUACGCGCUUCAACGAUCUUGCGUUAUUGAAGUCCCUGCAGGCGUGAAACACGAUAACAAGAGAGACUUUGGCGCGCGCAUCUUUUCUCAUCAUUCUUGGAACGACAUUAUUCCGAAGCGUACGCGUCGCAUUGUUAGUGUGGCACCACUCUACAAUUAGUGUUCCCAUUUUUUGACAGAAACCUCUCUCGUGUACAUGGAAAUCAAAGCAAUCAACAGAGAGCACUUCAACAUGGCGACUAGAUUGCGAACAGGGUUCUCUCCAAGACCUCGACGAGCAUAUUACACAAGGGCAGCAACAGAAAACUCGUUGGAAUUGCAAGUGGACGAUAACCGAUUGACCGCCAUUUCCACUGGAACCACAAGUUACUUGCCUCUGAUUGGUUUGCCGAAAAAGAAAGUUGACUUCAACCCAACUCAGUCCAUCAUCCAACCACUUUCCACCCACCACGAUGAAUUGUGGUUGAAUCUCAGCGCGGAAAUCACUCGGCGAAAGAGCACGUCGUCCGACACAGUGGAAGAAAUGAUUGCCCAGCCUAGCGUACCUUUUGAAGAGCCGGACUCAUCCCCCGAGCGCCCCGGCCGGAUGGUCCGCAUUCAGCGUCACUUCAAGAAGGCGUUGACGCGUCUCCGGAAGGUUUUCCAACAACCGGCUGACGUCACGGCGAAUAACGACAAUGAAUGUCCCGAUCCUUUGAGAGUUGGAGCUCCUGUCAGACAACGAAGUGUGGUGAGACGUGAUUCCAAUGUGACUAACGCCAAGAGACUGGCAGCCAAACGGAAACGUCCCGGCUUGAUGGACGAAAGCGAACUCGCCGAUCCGGAUGGCUUGCUGAUCCACCAGCAAUUUCAAUCGAACAAGUUGAGCGAAGGCGUAGGCGAAGCAGACACGAGCGAAAUCACCUCAGAGCUGCUGGAAAUCUUCGAGCACCUCACGGUAAGCGUCAGCAAAAGGCGCAGGCUCGACUCCAUCGAGCCCUACGUCAGCCAAAUUCGUUCGUGUUAAUUCGUCGUUUGAUCGAGUUAUUCACUUUGGGGGGAAGAGCGAAGAGCUUGGUAUUCCGGGAGACACGUUGUAUUUCAAAACUCUUUUUUAUCUUUUCUUUUCUCAUUUCAGUUUUGUUAUCUUUUGUUGAAUUAGUGUCGUCCUUUGCUACCUCAUUUCUGCUUUCAAUUCGCAUUCAUCUUUAAAUAUUAAGUAAUGUCAUUAGUUCUAUAGUCAAGCCAAAAUAAGCGGAUCACACAAAAGUUAAAUGGCAAAACUAAUCCCGUUUUCAUGAUUAUUAUACUGUAUACGUGUCUCUGUGCGAUAAGCGUUCAAAAUCGUGCUGCUCCCGAUAUUAAAAAUGUGCUCCCGAUCGCAUUUGAUGUCAUUCGAUCAAAUCCAAUAAUUCACUUUAAAUCUUAUGUCAUGUCUAUGCGUGUGUGUUAGUUUUGUUAUUAUUAGCGAUGAUGAUGUGAAGAUUUUUUCUCCGUUUUAUUAAACACGCUAUAAAGUUUCUAGAAACAAGGAAAAAUUUGAACAACCCAUCA